UUAAAAAAAUAAUUUGGUGUGUUGUGUGUGUGUCGUCAAGAUCAAGAUUUAUCAAAUGAAAAAAGUAAUUAAAUCCUGUUGAUAAAAAGCUCCGUGCGUAGAAAUCAUGGCGAAAUACGGAGAAUAUCUUAAAAAGCAAUUCCCUUUAAUUGAUGAAGAUCUUAAAAAAUACGUCGAAGAUAUCUUGGACAACGGCGCUGGAGAGUUCGAAGACGAAGAGGAAGUUUUCGAAGCUAUCGGUGAAGUGCUGCAGGGAAUCUCCGAAAAAACUGAAGAUGACAUCAAAGAUAUAUGUAGCCAACUGUUACAUAUGCUUCAACCUGAUCACCAAGGCAUGAACAAUGGACCAAGGAAAGUGCUGGACGCUCCAAUACACUUGGCUUCAAUGACUUCUAACCUCACUGAAACACAACCAGAACUAAAAAGUAUAUGGCUCCAAACAAGAGAUGAUAACUUAAAAGUAGAUGCAAAGAAGCUAGAAAAGGCUGAAGCAAAAUUACAGCAGAAGCAAGGGAAAAGGUCAGAUGUGAAAGCAGCUCCGGUAGCAGCGCCAGUCCUUCAAACUGCUACGGCAUCUCAGGUCACCUCGAAGAAGGACAGCAAACUAGAGGCCAAGGGCACUAACAGGACUCAGGACAUAAGGAUAGAAAACUUUGACAUUGCCUAUGGAGAUAGGGUGCUUCUUCAAGGGGCAGACCUUGUUUUAGCGUUUGGUAGACGGUACGGGCUGGUCGGGCGAAACGGCCUCGGCAAGACCACACUCUUAAGAAUGAUCUCAGCGAAGCAGCUCAAGAUUCCGUCCCACAUUUCCAUCCUUCAUGUGGAACAGGAAGUAGUGGGAGAUGACACGAUAGCGCUGCAGAGCGUAUUGGAAUGUGAUUUUGUGAGAGAAGGCCUGCUCAGGAGAGAGAAAGAGAUUAAUGCUUCUAUUAGUAAUGGCGCAACCGACCCAGCUCUCUCGUCAGAGCUAAGCGAAGUGUACGCUCAACUGGAGAACAUCGAAGCGGACAAGGCGCCGGCGCGCGCGUCCAUCAUCCUGAGCGGUCUCGGGUUCACCCCGGAGAUGCAGGCGCGCGCCACGCGGACCUUCUCCGGGGGCUGGCGGAUGAGGCUGGCGCUGGCUAGAGCGUUGUUUUCUAAACCAGACCUGCUCCUCCUCGACGAGCCGACGAACAUGUUGGACAUCAAGGCCAUCAUCUGGCUGGAGAACUACCUGCAGAACUGGCCCACCACGCUGCUGGUGGUGUCCCACGACCGGAACUUCUUGGACACUGUGCCGACGGAUAUCAUGCAUUUACAUUCCCAGAGGAUUGAUACUUACAGAGGCAACUACGAGCAAUUCCACAAGACCAAGACCGAGAAGCACAAGAACCAACAGCGAGAAUUCGAGGCUCAGCAGCAGCACAGAGCCCACGUGCAGGAGUUCAUCGACCGCUUCCGGUACAACGCGAACAGAGCCUCCUCCGUGCAGAGCAAGAUCAAGAUGCUGGAGAAACUACCGGAACUCAAACCCGUGGAAAAGGAAGUGGACGUGACCCUCCGGUUUCCGGAGACCGAGCCCCUGUCGCCGCCCAUCCUUCAGAUCAACGAAGUUGGCUUCUACUACAGCAAAGAUAAGGUCAUAUUUACAAACGUCAACCUCGGGGCCACGCUGGAGUCUAGGAUAUGUAUAGUGGGAGACAACGGCGCGGGAAAAACGACCUUACUAAAGAUAAUAAUGGGUAUACUGUCGCCUACCAGCGGCCUACGCAGUGUCCAUAGGGGCCUGAAGUUCGGGUACUUCUCACAACAUCACGUGGACCAGUUGGAGAUGAAUGUUAAUUCUGUUGAGCUGUUACAGAAGGACUACCCUGGUAAAACGAUAGAGGAAUACCGGCGCCAACUCGGCAGUUUCGGCGUGAGCGGCGACCUCGCGUUGCAGACCAUCGGGUCUCUCUCCGGAGGGCAGAAGUCCCGGGUUGCCUUCGCCCGCAUGUGCAUGGGCAACCCCAACUUCUUGGUGCUGGACGAGCCGACGAACCACUUGGAUAUCGAGACCAUUGAGGCGUUAGGGAAGGGGAUCAAUAAGUAUACGGGUGGUGUAAUCCUGGUGUCCCACGACGAGCGUCUGAUCCGCAUGGUGUGCAAGGAGCUGUGGAUCUGCGGCGGCGGCACCGUGGCCAGCAUAGAGGGGGGCUUCGACGAGUACAGGAAGAUAGUCGAGAGGGAACUCGAGGCCGCCAACAAAUAAUCCAUCCUGUAUGUAAGGAUUUUAAUCGUAACGCUCGUUAUAAUAAUAAUAAUGUAAAAAGUCUCUAUAAAUUAUAUUAUUGUAAUAUA